GCGCCUCAAGCUAUGGCCUUCAGAUCGUCCUGCGCCCUCAUGGAAUCGAAGAAAUAUGCGCUCGUACAUCACUCGUCCCCAGACAUUCAGAAGGUUCAAGCGCAUUCCCACGCUCUCCCGCAUGAAGCAAACAGACAAAAGUACAUCGCAGCGCUCGAAGAGCACCAUCGCAACUCCAUCACUAGCUUGCUCGUCUCGAAGAUCAAGCUCGCCGGAGAGACGGCCGACUUCUGCGUGCGACGGGCCGAGAUCGAGAUACAUGCAGGAGGAGUGCGUCGCUGUCCAGGUGCGUAUCGAGAAGCGCACGUUCAGGAAGAUGCUCUGGGCGAUCAGUUGCCCGGCUGCGAGGCUGACAGGGACGCUCUGGCUGACGCAAACGCCGAUGUGUCUGGGAAGGCCUCUGCUCCCGAGGCGCAAAGGAAUCAUGCUAACUUGGUGGCUUUCAUCGUCGAUAUGAAGGCCUUAAAUGAUGCCUUUUCUUCGCUGUUGGAUCCGGCUACCACUAGGAGGUUGAGCUCGAGAACCGCGUGACCGACUUGGAGGCAGCGCUGCAAGGCGAGAAGCAAUCCUACGCGACAGCCCUGUCGAAUGCCUUCAAAGGCUCUCUAAAUGAUGC